AUACUAGAAUUUUGUUUUGCAGCUUAGGCGUUUUAUGAUGCGCCGGUCGAGUUUGUCACGUUAGUUGGCUGCCAGACGUGCCAGCGACAACCUCGAGCUCCAGCAGCAACAGCAACAACAGCAACAUGGCGGAGAGCAACAGUCCGCAACACAUCUUGACGAUGAGCAGCGAGCAGAGGCAACGGUUCUUGGAGUCAUUUGAUUGGGUCUUCAGUGACAUAGAUGGCGUCAUCUACAACCUGGAGUCGGAUGUCCCCGAUGCUGGCCUGGCCUAUAGCGCCCUCGAGCGGGCCGGCAAGCGGCUCACCUUUGUGACCAACAACAGCGUGCGCACCCUGGAGCAGACGGUGCGACGCUUCGAAAGGUCGAAGAUCCAAGUGACGCCGGAGCAGAUCUGGCAUCCGGCCCAGACGCUGGUCUACUAUCUGCGGAGCAUCCAGUUCGAGGGGCUCAUCUAUAUCAUGGCCUCGCAACAGUUCAAGGCGGUGCUGAAGCAGGCGGGCUUCCAGCUGCUCGAAGGCCCCAAUCAGUUUAUCGAGGAAACCUAUGCGGAUCUGGCGCGCCACAUAUUCGACAAGCAGCCAGUGCGCGCUGUGGUCAUCGAUGUCGACUUCAAUCUGACCUCAGCCAAGCUGAUGCGUGCCCAUCUGUACCUGCGCCAUCCCGACUGCCUGCUGAUUACCGGCGCCACAGAUCGCCUGCUCCCAGUGGGCAAGGGUGUGAACAUCAUCGGGCCGGGUGCUUUCGCCUCCAUUCUCGUGGAGGCCAGCGGCCGGCCGCCGAUUGUGAUGGGCAAGCCGGGCCGGCCGCUGGGCGACAUGCUCCUCCAGCAGAACAAAAUCACGGAUCCACGGCGCGUGCUCAUGAUCGGCGACAUGCUCGCCCAGGAUGUGCUCUUCGGCCGUCAGCUCGGCUUCCAGACGCUGCUCGUCCUAACCGGCGGCUGUUCGCUCAGCCAGCUUCGGGCCGUAACGGAUCCCGAUCUGCUGCCGGACUACUAUGCGGACAGCGUGGUGGAUCUAGUGCAAUUGCUGGCCGAGAGUACACCCAAGGCGCAUGGCUAAUCCCAAACAACAUUUGAAGAUAUACAAAUACUUGUAGAGGAUAUAUAUCCAUAGUUUUAAGGGUUUACGGUGACCUUGUCAUAUAUAUAGAAAAUGUAUUCCUAAGUAUUCCUAACUGGUUCCGUUUUAAUUUAGUAUAUGUACUACGUAUAGUAUGUGUUAUAUUUUUGAUAAGUUCUUGCUUUAAAUAUGCACUCUGUUUCACUUC